UAAAUAAAUAAACGGGAGUGCAGAGUGCAGAGAAAAUGUCGCCGUUCAUGGAGAAAAUGUUGUUGCUGUUAGGCGUGCUCUGCUGCAUACAAGUGUCCACUGCCCUGAUGUGCUACGAUUGUAACAGCGAAUUCGAUCCUCGCUGCGGCGAUCCCUUCGAGCCGUACUCCAUUGGCGAGGUCAACUGCAGCAAACAGGAGCCCCUGGAGCAUCUCAAGGACAAGUACAAGCCCACCUUGUGCCGCAAAACUGUGCAGAAGAUUUAUGGCAAGACCCGCAUAGUGCGCGGCUGUGGCUACAUUCACGACGAGCGCACCGAUGUGGAGUGCGUGCGGCGUUCCGGUACCCACGAUGUGGCCGCCAUCUAUUGCUCCUGCACCAAGGACCUGUGCAACGGUGGCAACUCGCUGACAGCAGCCCCGUGGAUGAUACUGCCCCUCGCCCUGGCCGCCGGCUGUGCGCUCCUGCUGACCUCCGGGCACACAAUAAAAAUCCAAAGCUCAUAAAUUUAGCUGGGAUUUAGCGCUUUAACACCUCCAAUUUGUAUCCUUAAUUAUUUUCGCCUUACUUUCGAUGAUUUUCCUUGGCCUGUUUCAGGUCCGGAGUUGAUGCUCAUUUAGUUGCAUAAUUUAAUUUAAUUUAAUUGAAUGUGUUCGUAAGUGUAAAAGAACUAACAAUAAAGUGAAAUUUAACUUAUGGUCACGCAUGAUAAAAACAGCAAAAACAAAAACAAAAUAAGAGCAUAACCGACAAACAAAAAAAAAAAACAAAAGCAGUUAUUGGGGGCAGUAAUACAAGAAUCCACAUUUUUCCCUUAUUAUUAUGUUCGAAAUUGAAAACAAAAUACAGAGAAACUGCCAGUAAAUGUCUCCGCCUGAAAAUUUGCAAAACUUUAAUCCAGAAUAAAACUUGACAAUGCAAAAACUAUAAUUAAUCAAAAUGAUUUCCAAGUUUUACUCACACAUUUUGUUGGGGCAAAACAUCUCAAGAGCCCAACACGAGAAGAAACCCAAAACAAAAAUAUAAAAAAAAUGUAUAAUUUAACACCCACGAAAGAAUAGGGUAACCCUAGAAGGAAACCCCUUCCCUUCGUAAAACCUAUGCAAAAAACAAAACAAAAAAAACAAAAUAAAAACGAAAGCAAACCAAUUGAGAAAAUCUAUAGAGCAUAGUAUUUGCAAUAAUUAGGAUUCCGAAACUCAUAAGAAACCAGAAAAAAUGAUUUAUAUGUAAUAACUCAAGACAAAGUAUAGGAAGGAAAAUUAAUAAAUAUAUAUGUGUACAUACAUAUAUAUACAUACAUACAAUACAUACAUUAAAUAGAGGAAAUGGGAAAACUAUUUACAAAACCAACAACCAGAGAAUCCAUAAAGUUGGAAACUAAAUUAUUAAAUCAUAUUUUGUCCAUUUUAAGCUUCAUACAAAACCAAAACCAAAAUAGAAAACUAACGAAUAAAUCUUCCUAAAAUUUGUCCGAAGACAAAACUCAUUAAAACAUUAUGUCCUAUGCGGUAUAAUUUCUAUCAUCGUCAUUGAUCCGAUCCGGCAAGCCGCCUCCCCCCAAAAAGACACACACACACACACAGAUACAGAAAACACCAACAGAUAAAGUACAGUCAACACAAAAGCGGUAGCAAUAAAAAGAACAAAAUGGAAGGAAAACACUAGCCAACACACAUUUGAAUGCAUGGGAGCCGUUGAGAACACAUCAUUUUGUGUAGGAAAAAGCAAAAAAACAAAAAAAAACUUAAUUAUAUUUAUAUAUCAUCGUAUACAUACAAGAAAUUGCAUAAAAUAUAUAACAUUAUAUUUAUUUAGUUAAAUAUUAUUAAGAAUUAUACGGAAAGCUAAUAAAACUACAAACCGAAAAAAAAAAAACAAAAAAUGAGAAAAUCGUGAGCAUAUGUAGAUAAACUUAACUAAUUUUAAUUUAUAAACAAACAAAAAACCAAAGACAAAUAACAAACCACUAGCCGUUGUACCGUAAUUAAAGAAAAGAAAAAAUAGAUGGAAGGAAACCCAGAGAAUAAACAGAAAACUAAACACAAUUCUCCAACAAGUUGAAUAAUCUCAGACACGAAUAUUAUUUAGAUUCCACAUUCUCAGAGCUCCAUUUUAUUCGUUUUCUCACUGCAAUCCAUGACAGGGCAGGUCUUAUAAAUUUGAAACAAAA